AUAUUCUGGUCUUAUGUAAUGGAUGUGGAGGCAGACGUAACCGCAGAUGUAUUUAUUAAAUAAACAAACUAAUAAACUAACAAGGUACUUUAAAGUCAUAUCGCAUCAUGUAUUAGUCAAAUGUGGUUCAGACCAGAGGAGGAUGGGUCCCCCUUGUGAAGCCUGGUUCCUCCCGAGGUUUCUUCCUACAAGGGAGUUUUUCCUCGCCACUGUUGCUCACUUGGGGUUACUUUUUAAAAAAAAAUCACUAGACUAAUAAACGUGAUGUGACAUGACUUUAAAGAAGCCACAUAACAGUAAACACACGUGGAUUAGAGGCGGCGGAAGCAGCGGGCAGCGUUGGAUCAGAGGCGGUGGAUGCAGCAAGCAGCGCUGGAUCAGAGGCGGCGGAUGCAGCGGGCAGCGCUGGAUCAGAGACGGUGGAUGCUGUGGGCAGCGCUGGAUCAGAGGCGCCGGAUGCAGCGGGCAGCGCUGGAUCAGAGGCGGCGAAUGCUGCGGAUGCAGCGGGCAGCGCUGGAUCAGAGGUGGUGGAUGCAGCGGGCAGCGCUGGAUCAGAGGCGGCGGAUGCAGCGGGCAGCGCUGGAUCAGAGGCGGCUGAAGCAGCGGGCAGCGCUGGAUCAGAGGCGGCUGAAGCAGCGGGCAGCGCUGGAUCAGAGGCGGCGGAUGCAGCGGGCAGCGCUGGAUAAGAGACGGUGGAUGCUGUGGGCAGCGCUGGAUCAGAGGCGCCGGAUGCAGCGGGCAGCGCUGGAUCAGAGGCGGCGAAUGCUGCGGAUGCAGCGGGCAGCGCUGGAUCAGAGGCGGUGGAUGCAGCGGGCAGCGCUGGAUCAGAGGCGGCUGAAGCAGCGGGCAGCGCUGGAUCAGAGGCGGCGGAUGCAGCGGGCAGCGCUGGAUCAGAGGCGGCUGAAGCAGCGGGCAGCGCUGGAUCAGAGGCGGCUGAAGCAGCGGACAGCGCUGGAUCAGAGGCGGCGGAUGCAGCGGGCAGCGCUGGAUCAGAGGCGGCGAAUGCUGCGGAUGCAGCGGGCAGCGCUGGAUCAGAGGCGGCGGAUGCUGUGGGCAGCGCUGGAGCAACAUACUGUAUUUUAUAUUCUAGUCUUAUGUAAUGGAUGAAGAGGCAGACGUAAACGCAGAUGUAUUUAUUAAAUAAACAAACUAAUAAACUAACAAACUAGUUUAAAGUCAUUUCGCAUCAUGUAUUAGUCAAAUGUGGUUCAGACCAGAGGAGGAUGGGUCCCCCUUGUGAAGCCUGGUUCCUCCCGAGGUUUCUUCCUACAAGGGAGUUUUUCCUCGCCACUGUUGCUCACUUGGGGUUACUUUAAAAAAAAAAAUCACUAGACUAAUAAACGUGAUGUGACAUGACUUUAAAGAAGCCACAUA